UUUUAUACAGGAAGAAUGUACAGUCAGUUCUGUACUCAAAAACAAAGCCCAGGAACGGAUCUGCGCUAAAGCGAAAGCCACUAUCGGUAUUCUUCUUCCUUUGUUGUCUUGAAUUCUUCAUCAUGGCUUGGACAAAAUACCAACUCCUUCUCGCUGGAAUGAUGCUCAUUACAGGCUCCAUUAACACAUUAUCAGCCAAAUGGGCAGAUAACUUCUCUGCACCAGGAUGCAAAGGAUCUGCAGACCACUCCUUCUCACACCCUUUCCUUCAGGCGGUGGGAAUGUUUCUCGGGGAGCUCAGCUGCCUGGUGCUGUUCCACGUUCUCCUCUGUCAUGACAGAAGGAGCCCAGAACCGAAGAUGAACACGGGCCAGACCUUUAACCCCCUCUACUUCUUCCCGCCAGCCAUGUGCGACAUGACAGCCACCUCCAUCAUGUAUGUCGCUCUCAACAUGACCAGUGCCUCAAGUUUCCAGAUGCUGCGGGGAGCAGUGAUUGUCUUCACCGGGCUGUUAUCUGUGGCAUUCCUGGGACGGAAGCUGAUGGUCAGUCAAUGGAUUGGAAUCUUUAUCACCAUCACUGGUCUGUUGGUGGUCGGCCUGGCAGACUUUGUAAGUGGAGAAAAAGAUGAAAAACACAAGCUCAGUGAAGUCAUUACAGGUGACCUCCUUAUUAUAAUGGCACAGAUCAUAGCUGCUGUCCAAAUGGUGCUGGAGGAGAAAUUUGUUUACAAGCAUGACGUCCACCCUCUGCGGGCCGUGGGCACAGAAGGUUUUUUUGGCUUUGUCAUCCUGUCGCUCCUGCUUAUCCCCAUGUACUACAUUCCCGCGGGUCACUUCGGCAACAACCCCCGGCAGGUCCUAGAAGAUUCCCUGGAUGCUUUCUGCCAGAUCGGCAACCAGCCCAUGAUCGUCCUGGCUCUGCUGGGCAACAUCAUCAGCAUUGCCUUCUUCAACUUUGCAGGGAUCAGCGUCACCAAGGAGAUGAGUGCCACCACGCGCAUGGUGCUGGACAGCCUGCGUACUGUGGUCAUCUGGGCAGUGAGCCUGGCUGUGGGCUGGGAGAGGUUUAAUGGGCUGCAGGUCCUGGGCUUCAUAGUCCUGCUUGUAGGGGCCGCCCUGUACAACGGACUCCACAAGCCUGUGAUGGAAAAAAUCCCCUGCUGUGCUCGGUUCCUGGGCCAGAGCUCAGAGGGAGAAGGGCUCCUGUCAGAAAACACAGCUUCUGUUAAUGAGGACAGCUAAUUUUGUGCUUACAUAAAUACAAUGGUCUCCAGAAGUAUUCACCCCCUACCAAUAAUGUCACAUUUUGUUGAAUUACAAAUAAUUUAUGCACAGUUUUCAAACAAACUUUUUUAUUCAAAGCUGUAGUGGUUAAACUGAACACUGUUAUAUGAGGAGGAGGUUAAAUGUCAACAAAGAAAAUGUACAAAAUAAAAUUUACUGUUUGCAUAAGUAUUCAGCCCCAUAAGUCAGUACUUGGUAAAAGCACCUUUUGCAACAAUUACUGCUAUGAGUCUUUUUGGAUAGGUCUCUACUGGCUUUGCACAGUAGGAUAGUGAAAUUUUUGCCCAUUCUUCACGGGAAAAUUGCUCCAGUUCUGAUAAGUUUGUUGGGGAUCGUCGAUGGACUGCAAUCUUCAAGUCUUGCCAUAAAUUUUCGAUUGGAUUCAAGUCAGGACUUUGACUGGGCCACUCAAGAACAUUAAUUCUCUUCUUGUUCAACCACUACAGUGUGACUUUGGCUUUGUGAUUCAGGUCAUUGUCCUGCUGAAAUAUGAAUUUCUUUACUUAGCACCAUUCUCCAUCCAUUCUCCCCUCUAUCCUGACAAGCUUCCCAGUCCCUGCUGAAGAGAAGCAUCCCCAUAACAUGAUGCUGCCACCACCAUGCUUGACAGUUGGGAUGGUGUUGACUGGGUGAUUUGCAGUGUUGGGCUUCUGCCAGACAUAACACUUGGAAUUUAAACCAAAAAGUUUAAUUUUUGUCUUGUCUGACCACAAAACCUUUUUCCACAUGUCUGCAGUAUCAUCUACAUGCUUUUUCGCAAACUCCAUACAUGCUUUAAGUUGAGGCUUUUUGAGUAAUGGCUUCUUUCUUGCCACCCAUCCAUAGAGGCCAGCUUUGUGAAGGGACCAGCUUAUUGUUGAUGUGUGAACAUUGACUCCCAUCUCAGACACAGAACUUUGCAGAUAUCUCAAGGUCAUUGUUGGCUUCAGAGUGACAUCCCGAACCAGUUUCCUGCUUGCCCGGCUGCUCAUUUUGGGAGGGUGACCUGAUCUGGGUAGUGUCUGGGUGGUAUGAUGCAUCUUCCACUUCUUAAUGAUGGACUUCACUGUGCUGAGAGGGAUAAUCAGUGCCUUUGAAAUUUUCUUGUACCCUUCUCCUGCUCUGUGCCUCUCUAUCACUUUAUCCCUGACUUGUUUCAAAAGCUCUUUAGUCAUCAUGUUUGCUUUGUUGGAUCACUAUGUGAGUUGCAGCUUGAAAGUCAUUAUAUAUCUGAGGGAAAUGAUCUACAAGUUAAACCACUUUGAGUACACACAGGCUGAAACCAUUUCACUAAUUGUGUGAUCUUUCAAACAAAUCAUUUGCACCUGAGCUGAUUUAGGGCUGCAGUAGCAAAAGGUUUGAUUACUUAUGCAACUGAGAUUAAUCUGUUUUUCCCUAUAAAUCUUACUUAUUUAUAUUCUAUAUGCAUUUUUUUUAACUUUAUCAAUAUGGAGUAGUUUGUGUAGAUUCUAUAUGUAAAGUCUAAUUUGAAAGCGUCAUGGAGUACGCUCAAGUGCCAACAAAAUGUGAAAACUUUGCACGGGGGUGAAUGCUUCUGCAAACCACUGUAAAUUUUUAAAGGUGGUGAGGGGUUUUAUAUCAUUAUUGAUAAAUGAAGUUUUUUUCAGUAAUAUUAUUAUUAUUGAUAACUGAAGUUUUUUAUGCUUCAUUUUAAUGUUUUACUGAAUUUUUUUUUUUUUUUUUGAGAAAAACAUCACAUUACCCACUUAUAUAUCAAUUUAAAAUUAACACUCCCGACACAUUUUUUUGGAUAGAAAUGAAAUUAUUACAAGAAUUCUUACCCACAGACUUCCAUCAUUAUGCCAUUUUGAUUUUUUAUUAAACAAAAGGAUUAGCUCCAUCAGUAAUAGUUUUAUUCUCAGAAAUGAAACUGACACUUGCCGGCAAAAACAAAUGCACCAUUUUCUAGCUUUGGUGAUGGAUUGAAAUAAAACUCUGUUGACGUUACAAGAAGGAACCUGUAGAGUCAAUGCAUUUAAAAUAAUGUGGACUCAUCAAUAAUUAACAUUGAUAUAGCCUGGUUCUGUCUUACAAUUGAGUAUCCUAAUGCAAGUAAGAAGUGUAUAGUCGCAUGCAAAAAGAAAAAGGAUCAUAUUAUUUUGUAUUGAGUAUUCACUACACCUUAAUAAAUACACCAGUGCAAUAAUAUUUACGUGUCUUUACUAUUUUGCUAACUACAUGCUAGAUAAUGAUGAAAAGUACCAGCCACAAAUCUAUCACAUUAACAUUUCCACUCCAGUUUGAGGUCUUACUGACAGUUGACUUUCGGCUUGUGUAGCAGGACAAAUAUCCACCAAAAGCAUACCGUAUUAUACCUUUCUAAACAGCUGAGAGUGAAGAUUAUUUAGAGAAUAACAUUUUCACUGUAUGAUGUAUACCCUACAAUUACCUAGUUUGAAUGUAAAAAAUAAGGUAAGCAUUCUUGGUUAUGUAAAGCAAUUUAGUAUGCUCUCCGGUAAUGCUGCGCUUUAAACUCAUGGCAUAUACAGUAAUUGAAACCGAAAAGAUACUGAAAUGCCGCACCUCUUAAUAAAAGGUAUUUCUAUUGGCCUGGGCUUUAGUGAAAUGCAUUUUGAUUGGAGAGUCAUCUGUGAUGUUUGUCCUAUGAAUAUUUCACUAUAGUUAAUAUUUUGUUAAUUUAUUUUGGGUUUAUAAACAUUUUGGACAAUUUAGUACGAUUUCUGGUAAGCCUGUACUUGUGAUCACCGAAUCGCCCGUCUAGCUUUCUGUGUAUCUAACUUUACUUUCAUUUUGAAAAUAUAUAAAACCAUCCCUGAUUGGUUGUUGGAGCCUUUGGAGAGUAAAUUUUGGGGGGCAUUUGCACCCCUUUCCACCUACCGGGGUUUAUAUAAAAAAAAAUGUUUUCACAUAUCACAAUCACAGCUCCUGAAUACUGGCAGAAUAGAUUGUUGAGAGUUGCAGGAGAGCUGCGGGAGUGGUAGGAAUGGUGUAUCGCUUCUAAAAUUAUUGAAUUAGCCCUACAGAUUUUCUUUUUUUAGCCCUACAUAGUCAAUUUCCUAUUUUAGAAUGAGUGUCUAUGUGUGUAUAAUACACAAGUUUCUAGCACUGUAUUUGAUUACUACAUUAUUUACAGUACCCAGCUUAUUACCUCCUACAGUACAUUAUUGAAAAAAAUAUUACUUUAUUCCACAAGUUGCAAAAAAUCUUACAUGCCUGAGACAGAUGACAAGCAGUUCAGAGUAAAUGUGCCCUACAGGACUUUGAAUCUUUAAUAAAACCAUUUUGUGUUCUUUUGCUUUAAAUUAACAGUUUACCAUGUUUAGAUAUGUAUAUGUGGUACAUGUGCACCCGAUUUCCGCCUUCCAUGUGAGCUGAGGUGCGUUCAACUAGGAGAACGUUCGUGAACGUUUGCGAACAGUUAAACUUUUUUCUGUUGGCGGUCUGUUCGCCUCAAACGUUUGCUAACUGAGGCGAACACUCUGAAGAGUUAGUUUGCGUAAAACAAUAAUGGCAACAUUUCUUUGACUCUGGGGGAUGGACAAGUUUUGUCAAUUUAUAUGACAAAAAAAGAAGCCGAAAGUGUUACUUCAGGUAUGUUUAUUAUUAUAGUGUGACUUAUUUAUAAAAUAUUGGUAUUUCUCAAUAAAAUUGAUACAAUAUGUAUGCAUUUAUUAUGAUGAUGAUGAUGAUGAUAAGGGUCUGUUUACUUAGAAAGAAAAAAUAAAAAAAAUAUGAAUUCUAGUUUUAAAAUAGCUAAUCCGGCGGUUUUGCUUUCAGAUUUUAAGAUGUGUUGCAUAUUUGAAAUGUUUGUGGAAUGUUCAGUAAACCACUCCUCUAGCCUUGUUCAAAGCUAACACAGUUUAUUGUGAAAGUUCGCCUAGUUGAAUGCACCUUUGCUAUUGCCACUGAUGAAGUGUUAAUCAACUGCAAGCAACACUUGCUUAUGGAUCAUAGCCAGAAAAUGUAAUUUCAGAUGAUUAUCAGGAAACACAUAAUCUUCACAAUAUCUACAACAUUCUUUAUAAUAAGUGAAAUCAUUUUUUUUUUACCCAUUACCUGUAAUAUCCUAAUAUAACAAUACAAUUUUGGAGUAUAUUCAUUUGAUCUGAAUAGUUGUGAAUCUAAAUACUACUGCCGUUUAAAUCAUUAAUAUAUCAAUAUUUUACAGAGAGAAAUGCACUAAGGAGGCUAGCAUGCACUGUUAGCUGUGUGGUUUUCAUAUCCUUGGGAUACUAAACAGUGACAGUAUUUGUGCCACUGCUUAGAUCAAUUGAAUAGCCCUCCUUGGGAUCUAUUUAAAUGAUCUAAACAGUGGCAAAUCUUAAUAGCGUCGCCCUAAAAUGUCCCUUUUUUUAAUACAGUAAAGCACCAGCAGGAAUAAUAGUUAGAGUGACAGUA